UUGUCGUCGGCCGAUAUCCGUGGUUCGUCUCAUACUUUCAUUGCCAGUCGAACGAUGGAUCGCAAAACGUGAAUAGUGACGUAUAGUGUUGACCGAAUAUUGGAAAUCGUAAUCAUGACGUUUAUCGUGUCUUGAUAAUUGCGUUAUUGUAUAAUAGUACACUUAUUAAGACACCUUAUAUUAUUGUAUAACAUUAUACACCCGUAUAUCAGUCUUCGACGCAGAUUGUUUUUGGAAUUCGCUUGGAAAUAAUUGAAAAUGCUCGACACGUAUACCAAAAAUGUGUAUCAAAAACUGAGUAGGAAAAAAACCUACGUGGAAGAAACUACGGGAGUCGAAAAAGACAAAUUUAAACGAGUGUUAAAUGUCGUGGAUUUGACCGCUUUGGGCACCGGUUCCACGUUAGGAUGUGGUGUUUAUGUGUUGGCUGGAACAGUAGCAAAGUCAGUUGCCGGCCCAGCCGUUGUAUUGUCCUUCAUUUUGGCUGCGACCGUUUCUUCGUUAUCAGGUGUUUGUUAUGCUGAAUUCGCUAGCCGGGUGCCCAAAGCUGGAUCUGCAUACAUAUACAGUUAUGUGGCAGUUGGGGAAUUUAUUGCGUUUGUCAUUGGCUGGAAUUUGCUAGUGGAACACACAAUCGGUACCGCUGCUGUCGCCAAAGCGAUGAGUAACUAUUUAGAUUCUUUACUUGGAGACCCUCAGAAAAGGUUUAUGAAAAAACAUUUCCCGAUACACAUGGAUUUUUUGGGCGAAUAUCCGGACAUCGCAUCGUUUUUGUUUAUUAUGUGUAUUGCCUUGGUCGUGGCCUGGGGCGUUCGUAAAUCAUCAACUUUGAACAACAUUUUUACUACAUUAAAUUUAGUGACCGUGUGUACGAUCAUUGGUAGUGGAUUAUAUUUCGCGAAUAUAUCAAAUUGGUUCAUUGAUAAAAGCGAUAUUCCGCCUGGAGUAAACGGUGGCAAUGGCGGGUUCUUGCCUUUUGGCUGGACCGGGAUGGUUGCAGGAGCCGCGAGGUGUUUCUACGGGUUUAUCGGUUUCGAUUCAAUUGCUUCGACUGGAGAAGAAACGAAAAAUCCUAAGAAGACCAUCCCGUUGGCAAUAGUCUUGACACUGCUCAACGUCACAGUCGCGUACGCGAGCGUAGCGUCGGUGUUGACGCUGAUGUGGCCGUAUUACGAUCAAGAUCCGAACGCACCAUUACCRGUUAUUUACGAAAACCUGGGAAUGCCUGUUCUCAAACACUUGGUCACCGGCGGUGCGGUAUUCGCGCUUUUCACCACAUUGAUAGGAUGCUUGUUCCCGAUACCACGAAUCCUGUACGCCAUGUCCAGCGACGGAUUGUUGUUCAGUUUCUUAGCGACGAUCAACGAGAAAACCAAAACACCGUUCAUAGCUGCGAUAAUUUGUGGUGUCUGUGCAGGCCUGUUGUCAACCAUAUUCAAUCUCGAGCAGCUCGUUGAUAUGGCAUCCAUCGGCACGCUUCAGUCGUACAUGAUCGUUUGCGUCUGCGUUCUGAUCCUCAGGUAUAAAAAUAAUAAUUUAUACAGCCGGGAUUCAGUCGGCCCUAAAUUUUAUACGAUUUCCAUGUGGUUAAAUGUAUCGAACGCAAAUGAUACGAACAGGGACACCCAAUACGUGUCGAGAGUAUUGAUAUCAAUUUUUACCGUUACUGCAUGUAUAUUUUGUAUUUGCGUGGUAAAUUGGGACUCUCAUAAAGCCACUGGCCGRUUAAUACUAAGCUUCAUAAUUUGUUUGUCAGUAAUUAUCUUAUUGGUUGUCAUGUUAAUGAUGAACAGACUUCCACAAGCAAUCGAAAGUUUAUCGUUUAAGGUGCCUUUUGUUCCCUUUGUACCAUGUUUGAGUAUAGUUCUCAACUUGUAUCUUAUGAUGGAAUUAAAUUUCAAGACGUGGAUAAGAUUCAGCGUAUGGCUAGUAAUAGGAUUAUUGAUAUACGCAUUCUAUGGAUUGAAACAUAGCAUAGAAGGUAUCAAAGAUCAGUCGAAUGAAAUCAAAGAAGGCAAAAAUGAACAAAAAAUCUCUAACUAAUUUGCUUACAUGAUAAAACGGUUAUUUAUGAGUAUUAAUAUUAUUAUUACGACUAUAUUAACAAUAUUUUCAACAGGUGRAUUUUACCGUGAUGGUAAAUUAUGAGUACCUAAAUGUUUAUCAUGUUAGUGAAUUUUUAUAUUAUUAUUUUUGUAACACUUAGUACAUUUACAUAGUAAAUAAUAAAAACCCAACAAAAAA